GCGUGCGCACACGGAGAACGCUGAGCGCAGGGGGAGGUGGCCGGCAGCUUGUCCUGCGUCCGCCAUUUUGUUGCUGUGGCUAUUGGGAGCCGGUUGGGAGAAACCGCCCCGGAGGCGCAACGUUCCUUCGUGGCUGGAGCUUCGUGUGACAGCAGGGAUCGGUGCAGAUCCGUGGGGUUGCGGAGUCAGUACUUUUCGGACCGGGAGUCAUUGGAGCCACCCUGGUACGCCGGGCAGCCUAAAGUCCCCGGGGCGGCCUCCGCGGCGGCUCGGCUUCUCCCGCUAAGACUCUUGGGCUCUGCCCUGAAUUUCCCGGGUCGGCUGUCUCAGUGAGGUAACCCCGGAGCAGACGGGCGGCGGCGGAGGAUGCUGCGGGCCCGGAGCCGAGAAGAAGGUGUUGGUCCGUCCCGCUAAGCGCGCCUCGCGCCGUGCCUAGAGGCCCUUUCACAGCUCCAGAGCAGCCUGCCCGGCCAAGGCUUCCACAACAGGCGAGAGCAGCCGCCGCCCGGACCCAGUACCAUGUCCUCCGCCAGGUUCGACUCCUCGGACCGUUCCGCCUGGUACAUGGGGCCGGUGUCUCGCCAAGAGGCGCAGACUCGUCUCCAAGGCCAGCGCCAUGGCAUGUUCCUGGUUCGCGACUCCUCCACCUGCCCCGGGGACUAUGUGCUGUCGGUGUCUGAGAACUCGCGAGUCUCCCACUACAUCAUUAACUCCCUGCCCAACCGCCGUUUUAAGAUCGGGGACCAGGAAUUUGACCAUUUGCCGGCCUUGCUGGAGUUCUACAAGAUCCACUACCUGGACACCACCACCCUAAUCGAGCCAGCACCCAGGUAUCCAAGUCCACCCAUGGGAUCUGUCUCAGCACCCAACCUGCCCACAGCAGAAGAAAAUCUGGAAUAUGUACGGACUCUCUAUGAUUUUCCUGGGAAUGAUGCUGAAGACCUGCCCUUUAAAAAGGGUGAGAUCCUGGUGAUCAUAGAGAAGCCCGAAGAACAGUGGUGGAGUGCCCGGAACAAGGAUGGGCGGGUUGGAAUGAUUCCUGUCCCUUACGUUGAAAAGCUUGUGAGAUCCUCACCACACGGAAAGCAUGGCAAUAGGAAUUCCAACAGUUACGGCAUCCCAGAACCCGCUCAUGCCUAUGCUCAACCUCAGACCACAACUCCUCUACCUGCAGUUUCCAGUACUCCUGGAGCAGCGAUCAACCCUUUGCCCUCUACACAGAAUGGACCUGUCUUUGCAAAAGCAAUCCAGAAAAGAGUGCCCUGUGCUUAUGACAAGACUGCCUUGGCAUUAGAGGUUGGUGACAUUGUCAAAGUCACAAGGAUGAAUAUAAAUGGCCAGUGGGAAGGCGAGGUGAAUGGGCGCAAAGGGCUUUUCCCCUUUACGCAUGUCAAGAUCAUUGACCCUCAAAACCCAGACGAAAAUGAGUGAUUGCUGUUGCCCUGUUUCCUGCUGCUUUGUUGUUCUGCCUGUCAUAGUCUCCUUGAAGUGGGAAAGCAUUCUCUCUCAUAGGCAAGUUACACUGCAUUGCCGACGUCCAGCUCUCUGCAGGUUGGAGGUCUCUCAUCCACAUUUGGAAUGCACACAGCAGCUGCCUCCUGGGGUUUGUAUCAUAGUCGUAUCGUCAAAGAGUAGUUGGUUUUAGAAUUCUUUUGGAUCAUAAACUGGAAAUACUGGUGGAAGCACACAAGUGAAGAGAAGUUGACAAGGAAAGGGUCUUCCUUCUCCUCGCUGCCCUGUUUGUACUUGGUACCGAUUCUGUCGUGUUCAUCACAGAAAGCCUGAGGACACGGCGAGGUCCUGCAUUGUUGAUGUUCCACAGCAGUGACUCUCACACCAACUUGUUUUCCCUUGGAUGACAGAGGAACCAUAAGGAAGAGAGAAUCCUGUCCUAAAUCCCCCACAUGUGGCUUUUCUUGCAUUUUCUUUGGUUUGGUUUGGUUUGGUUUUGGAAGACUUACUACACUUGUGUGUCCUGAACAGAUUUUUAAGUAGCAGGUUGGAUUUUUGAGAUGUCCAAGGAAUGACACGUGCCUCUGAGCUUCUAUGCUGAAGCUGCUAUAACUAAAGGAAUAUGAGAAGAACAGUCUUGAGGCAGCGGCUUUUACUGUCUUGAUUGCCAGUUGUACCCUGUUUUGCCAUAUAAAAAACACAGUCAUCACUCAUGGUGUGCCAAGCUUUGUGCACAGCCUCUUGGAUUACUGUGUCCCAAAGGCAUCAGAGUGGAAGGAGAUACUGGGAAACUUUUGCUGAUCUUGUUUGCCAGUGACAGGAGAAAUGAGGAGGGUGGAGUACGUGGCCAGUUGUCUGUCCAUCUUUUCAGUAAACAUCCCUUUAAGUUGUAGGACUAAAGUUUCUUCUAAAGUUAAGGUUUUAGAUUCAUUACUGAAUCGUUACACUGGAUCAUUCAGUCUCCUUACAGAAGCCCACCACAGUCCUCCUCAAGCUUCCAGAGAAAGAUGGUGCUGUCCGUGCUGGUUCAGUGGUCCUGAGAAAAGGAAAUGCAAGCUCAGAAAACUGGUUAAUGCGCUUGAGAUCUAGUGUUGUAGUGAAUAGGAAGAACCCUUAACCAAUUUACCAUUAACCACUUAUCAGUUUGUUAAUGUGAACGCAUUUUUCUCUUAGCUAAAAGAGGACUUUAUAUAAGCCAGCUGGUACAAAUGUGUGACUGGUCCCUCACCUGCACAUGGCAGACUAGAAUUCUGGAACCUUCAUAUAGUUUGUUGUGUCCUUCCUUCCAGACCCUGGUGAAGACAACCCUCAGCUCACAACACACCAGAUCCAGGAAUGUAGCAACAACCUAAAAAGUAAUUCUAGCAUUUAGGGAGCAUCUGCUGAAACUGUGGUCCUGUGUCUGGAGGUUUUGAGGUUUGAAGUAAUAUAUUCUGGUGACAGAACCAGCAAAGCAACCAUUUUUCUGUUUCAUUUUUCAUUUCUGUAUAACUCGAUAUUUUGUCAGGCUGACAACUGCCAUUUUAAAGAAUCUUGAGAGUAUUCCUGCAACAAAGUAGUGAUGAAUUGGAAAAAACACCUCAGUUUGCCUGCUUGUGGUUUUCCUGAAAAAGGUGUAGAGAUCCGUGCUUCAUUAACCAAAGGUGUGGCCACCUCUGCUGAAACCAGUCCCUUCCACUUGCCUUUUCUGCCAGCAUCUGUGGAGUGGGCUUGUUCUAAUUAAGGCUCAGCCUGACACCCACAAGUGGUGGACACAUGACAGAGUCCCUAAGCUCUACCUAGAAACAGUGCUUGCCUUGUAGCUAGUGACCUGGUUCAGCCCUGCACCUUCUAGCAGAGGUGAAAUACACGUCUUGUUCAGAGGGCAUAGGCCCUAAGGCCUUUUUUUUGGUACCAGGGAUCCAUCUCGGGUCCUUGCACUUGCAAGGCAGGCAGCGGAACCCCUGAGCUAAAUCCCCGGCCCCCUAAGGCCUUUUUAAACCAGAUUUAGUUGAAGGGCUCCUUGUCACCUUUAGAUUAUGGCAGUUGGCUUACACAGUCCAAGAAGUAAGUGGCCAUUUUGGAAAGUAGGGUUUCUUUUCAACAAGCUCUGCUGAUCCACCCCUUGUGGAGCACUUCAGACUCAAAACACCUGAUAAACCUGAGUUUGGUUUCAUAAUGAAUUACUUCAGCCCAUGUAUAUGUCUCAAGGGCUGCCCGGGAGAUUCCGAGCUUGAAAUAACUUGAUCCUUGAGUUCUGAACUCUCAAGAUAUGUGCCAAAAGUAGUCAUUUUUUUACUUAGAACUUUAUCGGUUUUUUAAUCAAGCAGGGAAAUAUCUGUUUUUCACACUAAAUAAUGGAAAGCAGUGCCCCUGGCUGGACUUCCUACCCUGCUCCCUGCUGGUCUGGAAAGACAUCCAUGCUUCCUAGAGCGGUGUGAAUAUGACCCAGGGAUGGGUUAUCUUUUAUGAUUGUUCAUUGUUGCUACUUGGUCUGCUCUACUGUGUUGUAGAAAAUACUUGUAUGUUAAAUUAACUCACUAUGGUUUUUCACCUGGAAAUGAAACAAAUUAGGUAUGGAGGGCAUUGACAUUCUGAUUAAGAACUUGCUUCUCCUGGGACAGACCUCCAGUACAGGAAUCCUCUUUGUCAUUUCUGUGCUGCGUGGUACCACCUAAUGACAUGCUUCACAAAGAGGGUGCAUUGACCAGCUGUCGUUAGGUGACUGGUCACCCAGACUCGACACCUCAUGUGCUGAAGGAAGGAGGAACGGACUGCUGCCCCUGCUUGGAGCUUCGCACCCCUGGCCUUCCUCGCAGCUGUUUACAGACAAGGCAGGCCCGAGGUGGAUGGCCAACUGCUCUUGUGACAUUCACUCAGAGGAAUAUGAACAUUUUAUUUUUUGAAAAGGGAUGAUGUGUUUUUGUGCCAGGUGUUUAUAAUUUAAUCCUUUAAUAUUAUGUUCAUUAACUUCUUAAAAUGAGUGAAUUCUUGAUUGUUUUAACACAGAACCUAAAACUAAUGCUUUUGGUGGACACCACUGAGCUCUGCCUCCAACUCCAUCCGCUGGGACUGGAGAGCCAUGUCCCCAGUAACUGCUGUCAGUGUGAACACUGAGUUGUUUGUAUGUUGCAAAGAAGUAGAAGGACAGUUCUCUGAGUCAAGACCGUUGUCCCUGCAGGAGGAGCAGUGGCCUUGCUUCUAGACGAUCUUCACUGUGUGUUUUAAAACAACAACAAUGUAAAAACUCUUUUGACCUGUAACUUAAAGAUCAUAAACUUCAGGCAAUAAUAUUUUCUGUGUAAGCUUUUAAAAUUAUUUUUGGGGAUCAUAGCUUGUUUUAUUUUGUGCUAUAAAAUUAACAGUAUUAAAUGACUUAUAUUCUUAGAA